AUGUCCGACCAAGGCUCUCCUUCCCCGCCGCCGCCGCCGCCUCCACCGCCGCCGCAAUCUAAUCCAGCGCCGGCGAGGCCAUCCGGGGCGGGUCGGCGUGCGAGUUCGGUCACGCCCCCUGCCAGCCCGGCCAGGGGGAGAGCAAGAGGCCGCGGACCGGGUUCAGCCCCGCCGCAGCCGUCCAGGCCACGGCCACAGCCAAAGUUCACGCCUCCGCGGCACCCGGUGGUUAUGGGUGUCCCCGGCGUGUCGGCCUUCUCCAACUACAACGUCCGGCCGGGAUCCAGCCAUGGUCCGGGACCGUCGUCGGCGACUGGAUCCAGAGGCGAUUACCAAUCUGUCCUCGGAUCGGCGGCGUUCCAGGCGCCCACCGGAGCGCAGGCUGUCCCCGUCGGCGGCGACGGCGGUGGUGGCGGUGGCAGGAGUGAUCUGAGUGCUACAGGGAGGAUUCUCGGCGCUAAGAGAGCGCGGGUAGGGGCCGGAGCCGGCGCCGGAGCGGGAUCCAGCGCCGCCGCGGGUGCGGCAGCUCCGGCGAGAGAGGGCGGCGGAGUUCACUGCAGCGUGUGCAACAGGCGGUUUAAUUCCGACAAGGCCUUGUUCGGACACAUGCGGUCUCACCCUGACAGGGGCUGGAAGGGGGCCCACCCGCCGCCGGUGUUCCGGGCGGAGGAAGAAUUUGCAGACCUCCGCGGCAUGAUCGGCGCCGGCGAGGGAUCGGCGGCGCAGAGCAGGGGAGCCGAAGAGCAACCGGCUCAAGCCGGAGGAGAGGGUAGUAGCCGUAGGGAAAGAGGUGAAGGUUCUGGAAGCUUCCAGAUUCCGGAUCUGAACAAUCCUCCACCGCCAGACGACGACGACGACGACGGCGACGGCGAAGAUCCCAGUGCGUCGGCGGCCUGA